AUGGCAAUUUCAGUGGAAAAUGACAAAAUGGUCCAUUUUGUGUUAAAUUUUCCCAAAUCCACUGACUUGUUCUACCUUGUCCCUCUCAUCCUCACAGAAAAUGCACGUCUUCAAGAAGACCUUGCAGGCGCUGAUCUACCCAUUUCUUCCACAACCCCACACAACUUUGAGGUCUGGACAGCUACCACGCCCACCUACUGUUACGAAUGUGAAGGGCUGCUGUGGGGCAUCGCAAGGCAAGGCAUGAAGUGUCUGGAGUGUGGGGUGAAAUGUCACGAGAAGUGUCAGGACCUCCUCAACGCCGACUGUCUGCAACGAGCAGCAGAGAAGAGCUCUAAGCAUGGUGCUGAGGACAAGACCCAGACCAUCAUCACAGCCAUGAAAGAAAGGAUGAAGAUCCGGGAGAGAAACAGGCCAGAGGUGUUUGAAGUCAUUCAGGAAAUGUUCCAGAUCUCCAAAGAGGAUUUUGUGCAGUACACAAAGGCUGCCAAGCAGAGUGUUCUGGAUGGAACAUCUAAGUGGUCAGCAAAAAUAACCAUUACAGUGGUUUCUGCACAAGGCUUGCAGGCGAAAGACAAAACGGGGUCCAGCGACCCGUAUGUGACGGUUCAAGUCGGCAAAAAUAAAAGAAGAACAAAAACCAUCUUUGGAAACUUGAAUCCAGUGUGGGAUGAGCAGUUUUACUUGUAAGUAGAUGCCAUAAAGC